AACAGGCAUGAUGUUAACUGCGAGGACUAUGAGUUUAACAGCAGUGAGAAGUGUAUGGAAUUUGACAUGUCCGAUGUUUAGACCUGUGUGUGUCAGUAAAUGUUAUAAUACACGAAGUUCAGUGCUUUCACAGACCAACACACUGUUUAAGACAUGCAGGACCACAACAUGUGUGUCCCCUGUGAAAAUACAGACUCUGUCCACUCUCCCUCCACCACCCUCAUCUGGCCAGGACAAAUCCAGCAACAGGAAGACUGGUGUGACGCCAUUAUUGCGGAGACGUGACAGUGCGCUAUAAAUAGCCCUCGAUACCAACAAUCACGUUUAAUCUGUCUCUUUCACACCCGGAAUCAACUCAUGAUGAACAGCCAGUUACAUGGAAAUCACUUGCUAUUUCAUUUGCACUGGGAGGAGGUCUUCUUCUCGGGAUGAAAUACUUCAAGAGAGAAAAAGAGGAAAUGAUUGAAAGAGAAAGAACCAAGUCGAUAGGAAAACCAGCGCUUGGAGGUCCAUUCUCACUUGUGGACCACAACAAUAAACCCACAAAGAGUGAAGAUUUCCUCGGUCAGUGGGUGCUGAUCUAUUUUGGUUUCACACACUGUCCAGACAUCUGUCCUGAUGAACUGGAGAAAAUGAUUGAGGUUGUAGAUGAGAUUGAUAGAAUUAAGACACUCCCAGAUUUAACACCGAUUCUCAUCACAAUUGAUCCUGAUAGAGACACACCGGAGGCCAUGUCUGCAUAUGUCAAAGAGUUUUCCCCCAAGCUGAUCGGCUUGACAGGCACAGUUGCCCAAAUUGACCAAGUGUCCAGAGCCUACAGAGUGUACUACAGCCAGGGCCCAAAGGAUGAAGACAACGACUACAUAGUUGAUCACACCAUUAUAAUGUACCUGGUGGGGCCUGAUGGGCAAUUUCUGGAGUAUUUUGGACAAAACAAGAAAACUCCUGAGAUCUCGGCAUCCAUUGCAUCCCACAUGAGGAAGUACAAACAUGGAAAAUAAACUUUUUUGGCACUUAACCUCUCGGUGAAGAUGUUGAGAGGUCAACGGACACAGCAUUGCUCUACAUGAUGUCUCAGACUGAAGGAAAUGCUUUAAUUUCUAUGAAAAAUAGUUUAGAUGUAUUUAAAGUGCAACUCUGAUUUGGGAAACCGAGCAUUUGUGCAUCAUUCUCCAUUUAACUGCAGUACUUUUCAAUCACAGCACUUUACAAUCAUUGAACUUUGUAUUUAAUUUCUGUAAAUAGUAAAUGAUUUUCAAAGGCUUCAAGUUCAA